GCCCACGAUGAAAGCCCAUAGGACCACAAGCACCCUCAGCGGAAUGGCCAGCACCAAGUGGUUCAGGAUGAACCGCGACACCAGGGCGGCCCUGGUGGCAUGGCCCGAGGGGAAGGAGUACUUGUCCACCGAGAGGGUGACAAACAUGUCCAUCUGGUUGUGAGCCGGGCGGCGCCUGCGCACCAGCCCCUUGAUCAGGGCCACCAGCAGCAGGUCCAAGAGAAGGGCGAAGAGCAGGUUCAUGAGCACCUCGCGCCCGGCCCAGCUGUCGCUCCUGGCCAGGCAGUAGAGGGUCCCCAGGAGCCAAGGGAUGCCGUGUCCCGAGAUCUCCAGCAGCUUCAUGAGGGGCCGCAUGCUACCCCAGGACGAGCUCUCCCCGGCGCACACCCCCAGCUUCUUGGACAGCCACAGAUUUCUUGCCCAGGCGUGUUCCUUCCUGACAAACAAGAUGUGUACCUGGGGGUGUACCUCCUAAAUCAGUACCUGGAGACGGACUGCUUUCCCUCGGUGUUCCCUAUUAUGAUUCAGCAGAGCAUGAGGUUUGAAAAGGUAUUUGAAAAUGCAAUAGAUCCUGGGGCUGUAGCAGACAUUUUAGAAAGCUUCCUAACCAGGUUUGAAUUAAUACAGCUAGUACCUCCAGUGUGGGAGGAGUUGGCCUGCUAUGAAGAAAACACACGGGAUUUCCUUUUCCCUGAACCCAAGCUGACACCUUCACUCCCUGGGAUGUGCCGGGAGGUGCUCAUGAAGACGAUCGAGGGGUUUCCAGGCAUUGCUCCCAAAAUAGAGUUUUCUACAAGGACAGCCAUCAGAGAAUGUGUGUUUCUGCAAAGAAACAGAUUUCCUGAAGAAAGAUAUAAUAACUCAGGAAGGCCUUUUUCUGCAACAGAUGGACCCAAACUCCCCUUAAAUAAUACGAAGAGGAAGCCAAAGGACAGUAAUCUCAACAGAUUGCCCCAAAGCGUGCAAACCCGUGCACCCUCUCCCGUUUCCGCCCGACGCUGCUUUCACGACCAGCCUGCUCAGCUGAACCUUGGAAAUAACAUCAGGCUCUCCGGGGGAAGCAAACCUCCAUUUGUAGUGAGACACGUGGACAGUGCAAAGCCUUUUGGCGAGAAUAUUUCAGAGUAUCAGUCCCGAAAGUCGAGAAGAAAACUUAAGUUUUCAACCUUGCCUUUUCCGGGGAGAAGAGCUGCUUCUCUUGACAGCCUUGCCGCUAACGUAAAGGUUAUCAAAGAGCCAGAUGAACGGAUUGUUUUAAGGAAAGAAUCAUCGUCACCUUUCGAUUCAAGUAAGUUCGGAAAACCCUCGCCCAGUUACAGUAACCAAGGGGAUGCCGAUUUCCUCGGGGAAGCUUCGUUCGCCGCCUCCCAGCAUUCCAGAUCCGCCAGCCCUCCUCGGGAUGAGCCCCUUCUCUGCGACGAAAGGUUCCACCCUUGCUCUCAGUCCUCCUGGAGGAAGAUCCACGAAAGGGUAUGCAAUCUCCUGACAUCCCACAGAGCUCAGCAAAACCUGCACAAGGAAUAUUCUGUCUCUGGAGCAAAGUAUAUCAUUGAAAGACCAAGCUACCUGGUGAAGGGAUACCCAGUGCAUGAACAGAGAUAUUUUUAAGCUGCUGUCUUUUCACGUGCAGCGCGUGCAACUUCCAGCUGCACAAGCGACCCUGAAGCAGAGCGGGGGGAGCGUCGGGGACAACUCACUCAGGGAGCCCACGGACUCGUCCUUAGAGAAAGG